AUGCAUGCAUGCAUGCAUGCAUGCUUGCAUAUGCUCACAAACUCACAUAAGUGCAACGUGUCGUACCUGUGUCAAGUCUUCAGCUUCACAGCCAAUUUCAUGGAUGACUUCAUUCACACGCGGCAGGGCAUUGUCAUGUUCUUCGUCAAGCGGUCGCUGAGCCACGUGCGGAAGCUCCACAUUGAUGACUUGUCCGCGAAGAAGAUUACGGCCAGGACGGUGCGCUGCGGCGGCAUUGCAAGAAAGUGCCCGUGCUGGUCUCGCUGGCUCUUCUUCUUCAUGACGGUAGGCGUGGUCUCAG